AUGAGUAUGCGCCUCACCUCUCUCCGCCAGUCCGCGCUCUCGGCCCUCCCCACUCUUACUGGGCUCACUGGACUCGCUACGCUCGCCCUGCUUGCACUCGCACACCCUGCCUCAGCCUCGAGCCUGUACCACGAAACCUGCACUGGAGCAUGUAACGGCGCCUACGCCCAUUGCUGCGCGCACGUCACUGGCGUUAUCGGUGAGUCACGACUUCCCGUUGCCUGGAGCUGGGGGCCCACCUGGACUCUGUCCCCUGCCUCAAGCUACGGACUCUUCUCCACAACCGUCUCGGGCUACCACCCACUCUCCCUCCCCUUUGGCUGA